AUGAAGUACGUUUCGGCUCUCAUCACGGCCUACUCUGCGCUCGCGAGCGCCGGUAGCGUGUUGCCCGGUAAAUUCGCGAAGGGUAUACCCAAGGGUGAAGAUGGCAGAGGAGCUGUGCUCUCCGGUGGUACCAACCACGAGCUCGAUCUACAGAAUCCCCACACCCUCGGUGCUUCGACAGACACUGACAGUGGCCUGGUCCCGAAUAUAAAAUGGAGUUUCUCCCUCUCCAGGAUGAAGAUCUUCCACGGUGGUUGGGUGCGUGAGCAGGCGAUUACAGAUUUGCCAACCAGCCACGACAUUGCUGGUGCUCAGGUGCACAUGGAAAAGGGAGCAAUUCGACAAAUGCAUUGGCACCGAGUUGCUGAAUGGGGUUACGUCUACGCCGGCCGAAUUUUGGUCUCCGCUGUCAACGAGAACGGACAGUUCGAGUUGUCCUACUUGGACGUUGGAGACAUCUACUACUUCCCUAAGGGAACUGCCCACUCUCUUCAGGGUCUGGAGGAUGAGAACGAAGUCCUGCUGUGCUUCGAUGAUGGUGACUUCCAGCGUGUUGGAACCACCUUCCAGAUCAACGACUGGAUCACGCAUACGCCCAAGAGUGUCCUGGCCAAGAACUUCAAUAUGCCAGCAUCAACCUUUGACACCUCAUUCAAACCCGAACCCGCCAUUGUCAACUCAACAAUCAGCACGAGGAACGUCACAAGCCCCUACGGACAGUUGACGGGCAACAGCUCCUUUGUCUUCUACCAGAGGCAGCAGCCACCAGUGGAAGUCCCCGGACGUGGCGGUACCAUGCAAAUUGUCGAUUCCCGCAACUUCCCCAUCUCCAAGACUAUGGCAUCCAACAUCAUCACUCUCAAGCCAGGUGGUCUCCGUGAACUCCACUGGCACCCUGCUGGUGAAGAAUGGGUCUACUUCCACCGUGGCCAUGGACGUGCUACCGUUUACAUUGGCGCUGGAAACACCCGAACCUUCGACUUUGAGGCUGGUGACACUGGUGUCUUCCCUGACAACUGCGGCCACUACGUCGAGAACGUUUCGGAGACCGAAGACCUCCUCUACGUCGAAAUCUUCAAGGCUGACCGUAUUGCCGACAUUUCGCUCGCCCAAUGGCUUGCCUUGACCCCAGCCGACAUCGCUGCCGCCGCCAUCAACGUCCCCAUCGAAACCAUCGAGCAGAUGAAGAAGGAGAAGCCGUUGAUCGUUGGUCCCGACAACGUACCUAGCUGA